AAAAUAAUGAGCUAGUUGGACUUUUUUGCCACACUAAUAAAAUUCAGUGUGUAAAGUGUAAACCCAAUACUCCUAGGUCCUUAUAGUUGGUGCGAAGUUAAACUACAGAGUAUUCAGAACAAACAUCAACAUGGCCAAAAUCAUGACUAAAUUCAGCCCUUUUAUCUUCUUCUUUAUUCUCUUUCUUUCAACCCUUCUCUUCCUAGCAGAUUCUGCAGAUGAGUUCUCAAGAAAGCUCUCAAAGAAGGAGAUGGGAUUAAAAGGAGAAAAGCUGAGCCACCUCCGCUUCUUCUUCCACGACAUCGUUAGCGGGAAAAGUGCCACCGCCGUCAAGAUUGCCCAGGCCGCCUCCACCAACAAGUCGGCAACAGGAUUCGGGAUGAUGGCCAUGAUCGACGACCCUUUGACCGCCGGCCCAAACCUCUCCUCCAAGCUCGUCGGACGGGCACAGGGCGUAUACGCGUCGGCGGCGAUCGAUGAAGUGGGUUUGUUGAUGGUUCUCAACUUUGCGUUUGUGGAAGGGAAGUAUGGUGGGAGCUGCCUCACUGUGCUGGGAAAGAACGCCGUGAAUUCCGCCGUGAGGGAGAUGCCGGUCGUCGGCGGGACUGGGCUUUUCCGGUUUGCUCGCGGUUAUGCUGAGGCGAAGACACGUAUGUAUAAUGCGAAAACAGGAGAUGCAAUGGUGGAGUACAAUGUUUAUGUUUUUCAUUACUAAUCAUUGAUCUUAAUUAAUUUAGCAGCCAUUGUCUACUUUCUUAUCAACUCCAUCUUGUUGCAAGCUCUCUGUUAUUUUCUUGUUUUCUUGCUAUUGUCUUUUUUUUUUAAUUAAAGGUAAACUUAAUUAAAGGCAUUACAUUCUGCUACCAAAAUAUAUACUUUUUCAUUUUGGUUAGGUCCAAAAUAAACUUCACACUUCUUCCACCUUCUUUAUUUGGCUAAUUAUCUAUAUCAAAAUAGUGCAAAACAGUGCAAAACAGUGUCAAACAGUGUCACAACAAUGUACUCUGCAGUAAAGUCAAAUUUAUUACCUUAAUUUGUGUGAAAUCAAAGUGUGAAGUUUAUUUAGGACCGGAGGGUGUACUACGUAUCAAAGUUCAUAUUAUUUUUAUUUAAAUUUAUGUCUCAGCGUGAAUGUAUUUAUUCCAAAUUAAGCAAUAAAAGAGAUUAAUUGUUUUAAUAAAA